GGAGAGGAGGGAGGCAGCUCGGCAGAGGGGACGGGACGGGACGGGACCGGCGCCCCGCGGGCCAUGCGCCUCCUGGCUACGGCGCUGGCCGCCCUGCUGGCCACGGCCUCGGCCCCAGAUGCUUGUGAGGCUUUAAAUGUGACAGUCUCUCCUGGACCAACAGUGCAAUACUCCGAGGGGGAUAAUGCUACCCUUUACUGCCACAUUUCUCAAAAGAGAAAGACAGACAGUUUGCUGGCUGUGCGGUGGGUCUUCGCUGCAUCACCUACCCAGGAGCAUCUGAUGAUCAAAAUGACAAAGUUUGGGUCUGUCCAGUAUUAUGGAAAUUAUACUCACCAUUUUCACAAGCAAAGACUUCAUCUUCUUAAAGAGAAACAUGGAACUAUGUACAAAUUUCUUAUUUUAAGCCUCCAGCAAACAGAUCAAGGACAUUAUAUAUGCAAAGUACAGGAAAUUGGCAAACACAGAAAUAAAUGGACAGCAUGGUCAAAUGGUACAGCAGCUACUGAAAUAAGAGUGAUUUCAUCAAAAUCUUCUGAUCAUCCCACUUUCAAGAAAAACCAUGAAGCUUGGAAGUUUUUUGAAGAUCUGUACGUGUACGCAGUGUUUGUGUGUUCCAUAGGAAUCAUCAGUGUCCUCCUUUUUACACUUGUCAUUCUCUGUCAGUCACUUCUGAACAGGAGGAGAUCCACAGUGAAACAUUACCUGGUGAAAUGCCCCCAGAACAGCUCUGGGGAGACAGUUACCAGUGUGACAAGCAUGUCUCCUCUACAGCCUAAGAAGGUAAAGAAAAAGAAAGAGAAGGAGAAACUGGAGCAGCCACCAGCCAUCCCAGCAAAAGCUCCAAUUGCCAAUAAUUUCCCGAAGCCCAAGCUCUUGAAGCCUCAAAGAAAAUUGAUCCUGCCAAAAAUCGCAGAGGAGAAUUUAACAUAUGCUGAGCUUGAACUGAUGAAACCAAUCCAGGAAGCCAAAGGCAUUUCCAGUAUGACAGUCUACGCACAGAUACUCUUUGAGGAGAACAAGCUGUAAUAGUUCAUGCCUGUAUAAAUGUCCUUUGUCUGUGUUCUAUUUAAUUCUUGCUGUGCUGUUUAUUUAUAAAAAUCAUACAAAUGUCCGUAUUUUUUUAUUUCCAUUCAUGCACUUCUAUUUUUCUAUGAGACUUUUAAACACGACGUAGUUGAAAGUAAUCAUAGAAAAAGCAGCUGGUCAACAAGUGACAUUUCAGAGAUAUCCUUUGUAGUGUUCUGUACUCCUGUUGGAAAUGGACUCAAGGUCCACCUGGGGCAUUUCUAACACUAAACAUUAUUCCUUCUUUAAUGGUAAUGUGAUGAGUCCAGCUGCAAACAUCAGUAUCUUAGCAAUCCUCAGGAGGGCUAACUGCAGGAUCCAUGUCCAUCAACCUGCUACUAAAGGAGAAGACCACUGACCAGGAAAAUGGUCCAUCAGAAAGAUAUUAACCCAGUAAAGCUGAGACUUUUUUCUACAGCCAAGGAAAAGCUUGGUUGUAAAAAUUACUUUCUCUGUUUUUCCCUCCCUUCUCCAGAAAUAGUUAAAAGAUUUGUGCUCUGUGUUUUCAAAUUCCUUUUCUAAAUUACAUUGUCUUUAAAAACUUAAGUUACUUUUAGUUUGAUGUUUGAAGUAAAAUAUUUCAAAAUAAUCUGAAGUAAGCAUUUAUAGGUAAAUCCCCAUGAUUUAAUGAAGAAUAUUCAUAGCAUAGGAGCAUCUCCCAGGAUUUGCUUUUUAAAAUUAUGACUGGUAAUAGGAAAAACUUGAUAGCAAAAAACUGAGAGAACCAGGACUCUGCUUUUGCUCUUGGUUUGGUUUGGUGUUUCCAAACCUGCAAAAGUUUCCUCCUGUAGCCUGCACUAAUGAGCUGCUGAUCUAGAGGAAAAAAACAUCUCCUUCAGUAUGGAGAAGACUCUGUAAAGCCCUGCUGAUUUUGAAGUUGUUUCUUUGGAAAGACCAAGGCCUAAUGUGAGGACACAAAAUCACAUUCCUCUUUGUCUUGAUAACUGAGAAGGCAUUCUUCCUUUUCCUUUCAUACACGUUCAUGGAAAAUGAACUAUUCUGUGCCAUCCCAGGCAUUUCAGUCAUGAGAAAUAGCUGGGCUGAUGUUCUUAAGCUCUUCAAUGUCUAAAUUUCCCCAAAGCUCAGGGGGACUUCGAUACCCAGCAUCUCUCCUGUCUUGGGGGGCUUUAACCCUUGAGUAACCGUGCAGUUGAUGGAGAUGUAGAAGUAUGGGCUCUUCAGGUCACCAUCAGGUCAUGGAGGGACAAUACCUGGCACGUGCCAGGUCUUCUCCAGGUCUGUGACAGGCUGCUCAUUCAGCAGUAUUUAAUGGGGAUUUUGGAGUAGCACUCCUUGGGUUCUGGAGUCAUAACUAAGAUGGUCCAAGUUGGUUCUUCCUUUACAAGUGACACUUUUUUGAUGAUAGAAACAGCUGCUCAGCAGGGCUCAGAGCACAGCUGGGAAUCGUCACAGGAACAGUCAUGCCCUUGUUCCUGUUACUGCAUGGGAGUGCAGGAGAGGAGGACUGGGGGGUACUGUCAAGGAUGGGGACACGCAUCCAAGGGCGACCAUGUGACAGAGCACAGCACUGCAUUUUGGAAGGGUUCACCAGAAAAAGCAAGUCUGUAUAAACAGCUUUUUAACUUUUUUGAACAGUGGUAGAGAUUAGGCAGCACACAUAAUCUGUUACUGUCUAGCCAGGAUCUGUAAAUACAAAAUGCAGUCAUCUUCUUCCACAUUGGAUAAAAAUAUCUUCUAUAAAAAGGAAUUUAAGAAAAGCUUACUAGGCUGACCACUGUGUACAGUACUAAUUCCAAUUCUAUUCCUUCAUCAAAACUUCCCAAACUAAGGCCAGCUUUCAUCAGUACAUUUGCAUUUUUAGUGUUUGUGUUUGUGAGCUGUCAAAAAAGAUGUUUGUUUCACCUUUGCAUUAUCCCAGGAUUUAAUCACCCACCAAAAGGGCAUGGUAUCUUUCCUUGUUCUCUGAUCAGGUGUUGGACUUUCAGUGACAACAGCAAUCAACUCAUUGACCAAAACCAAAUUGGUGCUAAUGAGUGACUCAACAUUCAGGGAUCAAUUUUGGAACAGCCAGUUUAACUGACUAUUCAGAGAGCACAUCUGUAAUGCAGACAGCUGUUCAAAAGGCCUUAGAAAAAUAUAAAAUUUAUUAGUUGCUACUUUGGAAUUUUCAAUCCUAACACAUUAAUGAUUUGACCACUUCGCUGUGAAAAUGUUCAGGUUUAGUUACAAACAUUUCUUUUGCAUAGAACUGGCCAUUGUGCCCAUUGUUCAGAAGAAUCCUCUACUGUGUAUUUAUGCCCAGCAUGUUAAUGAAUAUCAUUCUUUAUGUAUUAAUAUCCUAUAUAUUCUUGUUCAUGUUUGAUACCUAA